AUGUCGCAGAGACUGCAAAUUCGAAACAAAUGUAUUAAAAGCCUACUUAUGGCUUACUCCCAGUGCGCAAACAAAGUAGAUGAUGAAGAUUAUGAAGAUACAGUGUUAAAUAAAACAUGGGUCCUGGCACCAAGAGUUCAUGAAAGUGAUGUCACCAAUAUUCUGAAUGACUUAUUGAAAGGAUAUGACAACAAACUUAGACCAGAUAUAGGAGUGAGGCCAACAAUGAUUGAAAGUGACGUCUACGUGAACAGCAUUGGCCCAGUUGAUGCGAUCAAUAUGGAAUAUACCAUUGACAUAUUUUUUGCGCAAUCUUGGUAUGAUAGCAGACUGAAAUUUAAUGGUACAAUGAAGGUUCUCCUGCUAAAUAGUAACAUGGUUGGCAAAAUCUGGAUCCCGGACACAUUUUUCCGAAAUUCCAAGAAGUCGGAUGCUCACUGGAUAACAACUCCCAAUCGAUUGCUACGAAUCGGGAAUGAUGGAAAAAUACUGUAUACGCUAAGGUUAACCAUCAAUGCGGAAUGCUAUCUUCAGCUUCAUGACUUUCCUAUGGAUCAUCAUUCCUGUCCCCUGGAAUUCUCAAGCUAUGGAUACCCAAAAAAUGAAAUUGUGUAUCGCUGGAAGAAAGAUCCAGUUGAAAUUGCUCAUCAAAAGCAUUGGCGACUUUAUCAAUUUGCAUUUGAUGGAUUCAGGAACACAACUGAUGUAAUGCACACCCAGUCCGGAGAUUAUGUCAUAAUGACAAUAUUCUUUGAUCUAAGUAGAAGAAUGGGGUACUUCACAAUUCAGACCUACAUACCUUGCUCACUUACAGUUGUCCUGUCAUGGGUUUCGUUCUGGAUUAAUAAAGAUGCUGUACCAGCGAGAACAUCAUUAGGUAUUACAACAGUUCUAACUAUGACGACACUCAGUACAAUUUCCCGGAAAUCGCUGCCAAAGGUGUCCUACAUCACUGCCAUGGAUCUCUUUGUAUCUGUUUGUUUCCUUUUUGUCUUCGCUGCUCUCAUGGAGUAUGGGACCCUGCAUUAUUUUGUCAGCAACAGAAAUAACAGCAAAAAAAAGAAGCAGAAAUCCAAACCAGCUAUCUGGGUGUUCAGGUCCAUUAAAUCACCUGUUAUUAAAGUCCGUCCAGGAUCAACAUUAAUUCAGGUGAACAACAUUGCACACCUACAAGAACGGGAUGAUUAUGGUUACGAAUGUUUGGAUGGGAAAGACUGUAAGAGCUUCUUCUGCUGUUUCGAGGAGUGUCGUACAGGCGCAUGGAGGCAGGGUCAAAUACAUAUCCGUAUAACCAAAAUUGAUUCCUACUCUAGAAUCUUCUUCCCGACAGCAUUUGGUCUGUUCAAUCUGGUUUAUUGGAUCGCAUACCUUUACCUAUAA